AUGACUCAAGACAGUCUAGAGAAUCUUUAUCUGACACUCGCUGCAACUGCGAGGAAGGAUGCACGUCACCCAGAAUAUCGCAUCUUCUCCCACCUCCACCUUAACCAGCGUCUUGCCGACUCUAUCAUCAACGAAGUUCCCGACCUCUUCAGCUCACCUCUGUCCACCAUCGCCCCGCUCGUCACAAGCCUGAAAAUCCUGCUUUCCACCGCACGCGAAAUCCGGCUCCUCAUCCCUUACCUGAAUCCCCUCGAGCAGGUCAAGAAGCUCUACAUCGGGAGAGACAGCCUCUUCUUCCGCGCGACGAACAACUUCCCGGUCAAGUUGCUCGCGGAGUGCUUCAGCAACAUCACCUCGCUCGAGGUCGCGUUUGACUUUCGCUCGUUCACCCAACUUACUGGUCUGGUGUGCGCAUUUCCGAGGUUGAAGGAACUUCAUUUCCGCUCGCUAUGGGAAGGUCCGGCGAUGGGUACCGGAGAACAGCAGCCGAUUCGGAUCCUUCCUCGGUCGUUGAAAACUCUCGAGAUAUCCGCAUAUACGAAGCAUAUCCUGGAAUGGGUCGUGUCCCUCGAAGAGAUGCCUUCCAUCACCGAUCUUUCUCUUGAGGUCGACAGCUUCGAAACAUCCCAAGUCAACGACUUCUUGAAGCUGCAAGGUCCUAACAUCAGACGCCUUCUCUGGAAGUGUGGUUAUCAAAGCGAAUUUACGCCUCCUGGACACAGUACCCCCGUUGUUGCACCCAAUUUGCAAUGGAAUACGUCUCUGGAGAAAAUUGAUAUAAUGGUUCUCUACGCCACAGACGUCGGGCCUUAUUCCAGCCUCGUACAAGAUCUCCUUCAGUCUCUUAACUCUGCCUCGCUGCGCGAGGUGUCCAUUCGGCAAUACUACCCUUUCGACGCUUCUUGGACAAAUGUUGACAAGAUGCUGUCCGAGCUAACGUCACCACAUUUUCACCAAGUCUCUAUAUUCUCGAAUGCAACACGGGAAGAUAUUUUAGGGUCUUUCCCUUGCUGCCACGAGAAAGAGAUAAUUAGAUCGGUCUACGUAAAUCCGGAUGGGGUUUUAUGA